AUGGAAAUCAUGGGAGUAAAUCUUUCAACGGAACCAGAUUGGCAUUGUGAGAAAUGCACGUUGAUAAACCCUGGAAAGAAUGGCACCUGUCAGGCUUGUGGUCUGCGAAAACAGACCACUGUCAGCUGGAUCUGUAAAGCUUGUGCUUCUCGGAACCCCCAGGCUUUAGUUCUUUGUAAUAACUGUGGAUCGGAAAAGUGUAUGGGAUCUGCCGUCUUGGCGGACGUUAACACGUCUAAUAGUAAACAAUGGACUUGCUCACAGUGCACGUUAACAAAUCCUUGGAGAAGCAAUACAUGUUCUGCUUGUGGACUUGUUGUGACUGAUCGUGAGAAAGAGGUAACAAGUAAAGAAUCUUCUUCGAAUCGAAAGCUUUAUCCUGACUUAAAUUUAGAACUGUAUCCUGAAAUUGCUCAACAAAGUUCUGAGGUCCUGAAAUGUCCUAACUGCCAAAGUCUUCUUUAUGAUAAUGUUGGGUUGUGUUGUACUGUCUGUCAUUCACCGUGUCCUGAAGAGGGUUUUAAGCCCAGACCAUUCCCUGAAUCUUCAAAGCCACGUGAGUCAAAAGAGCUGGACAAUCAAAAGUGGAGUUGCCCUAGUUGUACCUUUGAAAACAAAGCUUCCAAUUCAGUUUGCGAAGUCUGUAGAAGUAGGCGUGUAGUUGAACCUAAACCCAGUACUUCAGGGGAAAUUACAGAUUCAUCAGGUACAUAAAAAAACUCAUGAAAUUAAAAAGGGUCUGCAGUGGCUAAUAGGGACAAACACUUCCCAGAAUCCAAACACAUCCCAGAAUAAAAACAACACAUCCCAGAAUAUUCUGGGAAGUGUUUUGGAUUCUGGGAAGUGUUUUGUCCUUGUGAACCUCUGGCACUAACUACCUAACACCCCUGCCCCAACCAUACAAAUCAUUAAUGUCCUUAAAAUUUUGCAAUUUUGCUGUCAGCCAUCUUGUUUCUCAAAUCAGUCUCCCAAACUUGCAAGCUACAUCUAUGUUAAAAGUCAAUUUUAAAAAAAAACUAAACAAGGAGGGGGUUUUUUUGUACGGGGGAAUCAUUUCCCAUCUAUCUCUCUACACAGUGGCCAUUUCUGUAUGACCACUAAGUAUUGUCCCAACAGCACUGACCAAUGUAAGAAGGUUAAUAAUGACUGUAAGUUGAUAUACUCCUCAACCAAUCAGAGCACAGAAACCUUUAAAACCAUUGGUGCAAUUCUUGUGAUAAAAAAAUAUGGAACAAUUUAUCAGGCACAAGCACUGGGAAUUCUGGUUGGCCAUGUCCAUCAUGUACCCUGGUCAAUCCACCAAUUACCAAAGUGUGUAGUGCAUGCAACACAAACAAAGAUGGAAUGAGUGUCAGACAGAACUCCCCUUCUUCUUCUGGACCAGCCGCUAACCCUGCUAGAACUAUGCAGCGUCAAAGGAGUAUACCUGUGGAAUCCCGAAGGAAGCGUGAUGAAAAGCAAGCAAAAGAGCAGUGGAUAGACAUUGUCAAAUACUGUAAAAUCGUAAGUAUGUAAUUAGAUUGUUGAUAAUUAAUAGUAAAUAUAGUCAAAGGCCUUUUUACAGACACCUCAUUAUUACAUUUUCUCUAUAUUCAACUGGCCUCCUUAGUGCAACCCUCCAAGUUAAAGUUUUUGCUUGGUCGCCAUUUGGCGACCAAUUCUUUUGGUUUAGGGAGACUUGUUUACAAAUCAAAAUUUUAGGCACCAUGGCAACUAAAAUGGUUGCAACUUGGGGAGUUCUAGUGUCCAUGUUAAUGGGGUUUGACUGGACAAAUACAACUGUGCUACAUAAUUAUUUUAAUUUGUAAUUACAUUCCUUAAACGACCUUAUUGUAGACUGUGAUAUUGCUACUACAUUUUAAUUCCCUUAAGAUGUAAAUUAUACCACGUCAUCAAUAUUAUCAGAUACAGUGGUUUAUUUGAUUUCAAAACAAUCUUUAGUUAUGAAAACCCUUGUAUAAUAGCAACCCUAACUAAAACUAUUAAAAACUGAAUCAUUGGAUAUUGCAAUUUAAGAGCUCUGAUUGGCCUCUAGCCAUCUUGAUAUAUGAGCUAUUAUACGAUGCUCUCCAAACAAUGGUAACUGUACACUUUUGCACAAAAUUAAAAACAAGCUGAAAAGCGGUUGUUUUUACAAAUAAAGUUGGGAAGAAUUUUCGAUAUUUUGUGGGCAUUUUUAAUAAAACAAUUAUUCUACUCGUGCUUAUUGGAUAUGAGAUGAUUAUAGCCAACUUGGUGCUAUGCACCUUGUUGGCUAUCUACCAUCUCAUAUCUAAAGUGGACUCGUGAAAUAACUGUUAAUUAGUCGCAUUGGUGUCUAAUUCAGGCUAAAAUGAUGUUCACUCUCAGAGUAAUAUCCAAUUUGUGGAUGACUCCUUUCCACCUGCUGAAAAGUCCCUGUAUCUUCAACCGCGAUUCUCAGAACACCCCCGAGUUGCAAACUGGCUGCGUCCUCAACAAAUUCAAUCCUUUAGAGGUGGUGGUCGAAGGGUGUCUAGCAUUCCUUUAGCUGUAUUCCGCAACCCAAGACCUGAUGACAUCAUGCAAGGUGUCCUGGGUGAUUGUUGGUAAGUAGAAAUUAUAGUAUUUAAUGUGGCCGAAUUGGCUGGAAACAUUUGAAUCCCACACGCCCUGCAUGCACCCCAGGCGUUUGACUCUGCCAUGUAUGCUAAGCAGGGAAUUUAAUGGUGGAGCUCCACGUGUGUGCAAAGCAUGCGCAAGUAGAGCCCCAUAACUAAAAAAAUUUGGUUAUCGAUUCAUCGAAGAAAUUUUAGCAGUCAAAGCUAUAGUCAGCUUUUAAUAUAGUAAAUGAUUACAUCUUGUUUGCUUCUGGCAACAUUUUGCACUUUAUAAUAGGCCACUUCCGAGUCCCUAAAACCCUCAUUUUCAAAAACGAGGCCAAGUGCACAACCUUUUUUGUGAAAAAGAGUUUUAUUUGCAUGAAAAUGAAAAAUCAUAUCCAUAUCCAAAAGCCGAGCAUUCAAGCUCGUUUUGAUACAGAGGCCCAGGAGAACUGAGAAAUGGCCUGUUACAGUUGUCUUAGGCUGCUGGCUAUUCCAAGGCCACUGUAGCUUGUUGGAAUUUAUCCUGAUACUAAAUAGGGUUUAAAUAAGUAUUCAGUUGUUUUCUAGUGGACAAGGAUAACAUCUUCAUUUUGCCAUUCUUUAGGUUUUUAAGUGCUUUAGCUGUUUUAGCUGAAAGACCUGAGCUCUUGGAGAAGAUUGUUAUAACAAGAGAGGUACACUAAACUGUUGCAAUUGUUUCUUUCUUCUUACAUACAAUUCUUCACUUCCCAUUAAAAAUGAAGUAAAAUCAAUAAGUCUAUUUUAAUAACAAUCUAGUCUCGAAACUAAGAGUACAAAAUGACCGGGCCCUAGAGCACUUCCACCUGAAUACUUACAGUUUGGGGUUUUUCUUUAGAGUUGUGUACUUACAAGCUAGAAUCAUCUUGUACAUCAUAAUGAACAGUACCUCAUGAUUGUAUUGCUUAGUAGCUUUCAUUUGAACAAUCACACCAUAGGAUUUCAUCCAUAUACUCAAAAGGUAGAACCAUCUUGUGUAUUAAUGUAUAAUAAAUAGUGCCAUAGGAAAGUACAUGUAAUACUCAAUAGCUUUCACUCAAAUGGUCACACUAAAGGGUUUCAACCACUGACUCAAACGUUAGAACUACAUACUGAAUAAACACUUACAGUACUGUGUGAAAGUACUGCUGAAGAGGUUUCAUUUGAAUGGUAACACCAUAGGAGUUCAUCCACGGACUCAAAAGUUAAAACUACGUACAAAACAAAUAGUACCAUGUGAAAGUACUGCUGAAGAGGUUUCAUUUGAAUGGUAACACCAUAGGAGUUCAUCCACAGACUCAAAAGUUAGAACUACGUACAAAACAAAUAGUACCAUGUGAAAGUACUGCUGAAGAGGUUUCAUUUGAAUGGUCACACCUUAGGAUUUCAUGCACAGACUCGAAAUUUAGAACUACAUACUGAAUAAAUAGUACCAUGGGCUCAAAAGUUAGAAUCACCCUGUACAAUUUAAUGAACAGAACUACAGGAAAGUGCUCCUCAUUGGUUUUUCAUUUGAAUGGUCAAUUUCAUUAGAAAGGCACAUGAUUGCGUCAAAGGCUGUCAUUUUACCUAUUUAAACUGUGGUUUCUCUUUAGAUAAAUAAUGAGGGAGCUUACCAAGUGCGACUUUGUAAAGAUGGCAAGUGGACCGUAAUCUUGGUUGAUGAUCUGAUACCAUGUGAUCGCCAUGGACGACCAGUUUAUUCACAGGUGGAGUUAAUUUUACUUUGUAAUGAAGACCCUAAGAUUUUAAUGUCUUAUCUGGACAGAUUUGUAAAGAUUGGAAAAUUAUUUUCCUUGCACUAAAAUUGUAUUCCUUUAGAAACAGUUAAGCUACUGGUUAGAUUCCAUUACGAUUUUUCGCGGAGCUGAAAAUAACAGUCGAUCGGUCAUUGGACAAUACAAUACGGACUUUAAGAUCCGAUGACCAUGACGACGGCGAAAACGUCGCCAAAAAGUGAAUUCGCGUUAUUUUAAUCUUGAUGGUGAUGACUAUUUCAACUCCCUCACAGUUAUACUUUGUCAAAUGUAGGCGAACUCUCCUGGAGUUAUUGAAUUCCUAAGAACCCAUACCCAAGUUCAGAAUGAGGAAGAAAAUUUUGUGGUCGCUUGUUUACGUCCUCUAUCGAACAUGAAAUUGGGCAUUUUUCGUCGUAGACGUGCAGUGACGGCAAAGAAAUGUAAAAAAAAAGCGUGUUGUUGUUAUCUUGAUAUACCAACUAGAUGAGUUUUAUUCCUGUACCUGUUUCACUUUUAGGACAAAGCUCUCUACCUUUUUUAUAGUAUCUGAAAACAACCUUUUUAUAUCUAAAGCAUACCUAAUUUCUCCACAGCACAACCAUACACAAGGUCGUUAUGCCUCGGUCCGUUUUUUCUCUUUUCUUUUUUUUUCUCAACAUAAAGCUAACUGUUACACAAUUGUUGGUGUUGUCGUUUGGUUCUUGUAGGCUCGUCGGCAGCAGUUAUGGGUUCCCUUAAUUGAGAAAGCCAUGGCCAAGCUUCAUGGUUGCUACCAGGCACUCACAGCUGGCCGGUGCAUUGAAGGCUUAGCCACAUUGACCGGGGCUCCUUGUGAAAGUUUUAUGCUUCAUCGUAAGUACAUUUUGUUGAUAUUCAAACUGCGAAAUGCUGAAAGGUCAUUGGCUGAAUGAAGUGCAGUAUAAGCCACAACGAACUAUUUUCGUUUGUUGAUUACUCCCUCCCCCCUAUUAGUCAACAUUUUGUGAACUUUUAAAGUAAAUUUAUGUGUACAUUAGUUAUAUUGUAGUUGCGUUAUCCUUCCUCUGAGAGCUUCGUUCGAUUCAUGUCAUGCUUUUAAUGCUGCUACUACUGCUGUGGAUGUAUUGUCGUUUGUUAAUACUUAACAUCGUACUGUAUACGCUUCGCGUACUGUUUAGAUUUCUCGUUCAUUUGAGAGCCACUGCUUAUUGCGUUUUUUUGUUGUUGUUGUUUGUCGGUAAAUCACUCUCAUUUAUCAAUUGAAGAGAUCAUUUUUCAACUUUAAACGACAAGCAUUGUUAGCCUGAGAAAAUAGCCGACAUUUCCCGACACCAUCACUGGUUUCCCCGAGAAAUGAUGUCAGAGGAACGAGCACAGAAUUUCCAUACUGAUGACGCGCCACUAACCAGGUCUGAGUAGUGUUUCUGAUUAGUUGAAAAUUUGCAUUAUCCAAUCACAAGCACCACGCAGACCAGGGGAGUGACUUAUCAUCAGUAUGGAAUUUCUGCGCUCGUUUUCGACCUCAGACGUCAUGUUGUGGGGAAACGAGAGGUAGUGUUGCGAAACGACAGCUGCUUUCUCAGGCAAGCACUUCGUGAUUAUUGUGAACUUUGUUUCUCCCACAGAGCCUCCAAACCCAACAAGCGAUACAGAGCCUAUUGACAAGGACAUGAUUUGGGCCCAGCUUCUAAGCUGCAGGAGUGCUGGGUUGGUUAAGUUUUUGCUUUCAUUAGCCGGCUUUAGUAAUAUCAAACGAUUGCUUGCUUGAUGCACUGAUUUGUUUUUCCCUCUUGACUCUAUUUAUAUGGUGAGAUCUUGGCAUAGCGUCUUGUGAAGCCUUAGACUACAAGUAGUCCCCCAUUUUUCCUCAGGGAUAGUAGAGCGAGCGAAACGCGAGCGCGCAUGAAAAUCACCCCACGCGAGAAAAGGCGACACGCCGCGUGUAACCUGGGAGCAAGCUCUCAAUUUAAGGGAGUUGCGAGAAGUCACGCGUGGGCGGCACGCGCAAGGAGACGCGUGAACGACUAGUGGGAUAAAAAGAGAGCGUUGUCGGUUUCCUGCGAUUCUCCUGGCCUCGCUGCUAGCGCGUUCGCCCGCCACUCGAAAUGUAGAGCUUGCUCGUAGGAUACGCUCUUGAACUAUGGUUGUAAAACUUUCGUCUCUUUUUAUCGAGUGUAAAUGUGGUCUCGUGUUUAACACUUGCAGCUUUUUGAUGGGAGCAUCAUGUGGAGGAGACACGCAGCCACAGGAGGAACCCGUCUUUGCUUCAGUUGGCCUUCAAACACAUCACGCAUACUCAGUACUUGACGUAAAGGACGUCCACGGUAUCAGGUGAACAGAUCAACCAACUUUAACCCAUUGAUCUGGUGUUUCGCACUUGCCUAUAUUGUCUUAAGUAAUGGUAAAAUUCAUGCAAAAGAUAACUUGACAGUAUUCCUGCUCCCUUGUCCUUCUCAAGAUUUGUUAGGUUGGAUGCUUUUCUUGAAAUUUCGCACGAGCUUUAGUUUCCUGUAAAUCAUGCUCGUCCCCAAAGUCGCGAAACUUUUGGCCAGCGCCACUCUGAAUCCCUGGCCAUCGCGGCCCCAAGGAUGAGAAAAUGUCUGAUCGUUUCACUGGAUCGGAUUGCACUUCAUUGUUGUAAUUGAUGAUAAUUAUUCAGGAGAGGCUCCAGAGAUAUGUCACUAUGACUUCGUAACAACACCCUACACUCCCGGAAGCGCUUCUGAUGUAAUAAUAAAGUGAUGAAUUUAUCAAUUUUUCAUAGACUUGUCCGUCUUCGUAAUCCAUGGGGCCGGUUUUCCUGGACUGGAGACUGGUCUGACGCGUCCCCCCUGUGGACCCCUGAGCUGAGGUUCGAACUCAUGGCCCAUGGGUCUGAAGAGGGCGUCUUCUGGAUGUCCCUUGAGGACUUCAUGAAGUAAGUAUGGGCACAUGCGCUUAAAACUCCGGCCCUGAACAGUUCUCUAACGGCGCCAGCCUAGAAUGCCAGCCAGGGCAUGACAGUGCCGCGCCCCCCACAAAAUAAAUAAAUAACGUAACCAACGAACGAAUCCACGAAAGAAUGAACAAAUGCCAAAUAAUAAUACUAAUAAGACUAAUAAAAGUUGCCACGAAUCUCCCAGUAGCUCAGUUGUUAGAGCACCGGCUAAAAUUUUGUUAACGUUCGAUGAUAGUUUGAGACACUUGAAAUUUUUUGCAUUGUUAUCAAGGAGAAAACGAAGUGGACAAAUUAGAAUCGUACCCAAGCCAUUUGGCUUAUUGAUAUUUCUCUCCAACAUCUCCGUAAGGGCGCUUUGUUCAUACUAUGCCAGAUAGCGUUUUGUGCCGACGCGAAAGCUAUUCUGCAUAGUGUGAACACCUAUCCGAUAUGUGACUCUCCACUUAAGUGAUCAGCGCAGCGCAGCAUCGUUCCGUAGCCUGCAGAGCAGGCGUUUUUUAACGAAAACUCGGAGGUACAUUGAUCGUGGCCGCCAUCUUGAAAAGCAGCGAAAAAGACUAAGGAGGAGGGGCGGUGUUUUAAACCCAUGAUGUGACCUCUCCCUUAAAAACUCUUUUUGACUCGUCCCAACUCUCUGGUAGUAUUAACGUCCAAGAUGGCGGGACAACGUCAUUCCUGAAAACAAUUCAUGGAUCCCGCCCCAAAAUACGCCUGCUUUGCAGGCUAUCGUUCCGUUACAGAAAUCGCGCCGAUUCUUUUGUGUGAACAGCAGUCUUAUCCGGUCAUGGUUUUCCGAAGAUUUUUCAAAUUGCCGACGCAAUAACAUUUAUCCGAUAUUUAGGGAUGAAGACAAAUUGCCGAACUUUCGCCGAAGACCCGAAGAUGUUCUCGAUGAUACACCAACGAUCCAUCAAACCUGAAAUCCAAUCUUCACAUGUAACUUUUUUACGUGUCUUCAGAUACCACUUUCGACAAAACACUGUGGAUGUAAUAAAGCCUAUUAAACUUAAGAUCCAUUACAAAUCUUAUUUUCCCGACAGGAGUGUGGAUGAGAUCAGGGAAGGCUGGGCGGAGGCUCGAGCUAAUGGCUGUUUCCCGGCUUUUGCCGGAUCGCCAGCCAAGAUUGUUCUAGUGAAUGUGUUCGAAACAACAGAAGUAGACCUGUGUUUGUUCCAAGAGGGAGUCAGGUAAGAAGCGAGCAUUGCGUGUAUAACAUACAAGCUUGUUGUCAGAUUUGAUCGCAAUAAGCCUCAAAUCUCAACGAACCAAAACAACGGAUUUCUGUUUAGGGUGUCUUUUCUUUGCACAAUACCAAUGGCAAUUUUGGAUUAUGUGAUAAUCUUUGAGCACUGUUUUUUCUUGACUUAUUUUUUUGUUGUUGUUCUUUUAGAUGUGUGUGUAUGUCUUUUUAUUAAUGGGCAACGUUCAUCAAUUUCUUUAGGUUGUUUACGAUCGACUGGUGUCUUACGAUAGGUGGUUUACGAUACCAACCAGCGUUAAAUGAGGUCAAAAGAGAUUCGAGUUCUUGAGCACUCGUUCUUUCACUUGCAAGCAUGUAUUUAUUAAGCUUUUUUUUUCAUUUAUGCAUUUAUUUUCAGGGGAAAAGCAGAGGGCGCGAAAUCUCUCCUUGAUCUUUCAAUCAUCGUGUGUCGCACAUCACCAGGCACUUCUAGUCCCAAGCCCCACUCACUGGUGUUUCACAGCAAGAGGCAAGUCAAGGCCAAUGUCUCGUGCAACGCUAUCCUAGAGGAAGGCUCCUAUAUGAUAGGUAUGUUACUGAUUCCCCGUAAGGUAAAUUCCGGCACUCCUGCCUUAAGGUGAUGUUACAUGGGACGAUUCGCAACGAUGAUUUAUAGCGCAACACAGCGUCACAGCAUUGCAAUGUUGCAACAAUGUUGCAACCAUGAAACAAUGUCGCAACAAUGUUGUAAUGCUGUGUUGCGCUAAAAAUCGUUGUUGCGAAUCGUCUCGUGUAACAUCACCUUUACUGACGGCCCUCUCGCUAUUUCGGACACUCGACUCAGGGCUCGAAAAAAACUUGAAUUCAAUCUUGUUCUUUGGGCAAGUAGCUCUCACAUUUUGUUUGCCCGGGGCCCCUUGUUUUCGUCUUAUUUAAUAAUUUUAGGGACCUUAAGCAACGACCACGACCACGACGACAACAACGUCAAAAAACAAUUGGUUUUAUGAGCAAAACAACUGCUCUGCACGUGCAUCACGCUUUUUAGUACAUUUCUUAGACGUCCACUGCACGAGUACGACUUGAAACCUCCCAAUGCGACGUUUUAUGGAGGACGUGGUCAUACUACAACAAUUUUUCCCUUCUCUAUUUGAACAUGGAUAAAGCCCUUAAGAAUUCAACUCCAGGAAAAGUAGCCUACAUUUGACGAAUUGAGCGGUACCAAAUAGUCGCGAUAACGUUAAAAGGACUCAAAUUCAUUUUUUUAGUGAUUGUUUCACUGCCGUCGUCGUCGUUGCUUAAGGUCUCUUUUGUUAGAAGAUGACUUGCCUGUACAGGCCCUUGCUUUAAAGGUUACUUGCCCCCGCCGGCAAGAAACUGCCGCCUGGAGAGCGACGGUCUGCUGAGCGAGAGGUCGCCGGUUCAAACCCCGGCCGGACCAACACUCAGGGUCUUUAAAGGGACUGGUUCACGAUAAUGCGCAUGCGCGCCGUUUGUGUCUUCAGAAUAAAUUUGUUGGGUCAACACUAAAUUCGAAAUCGCCAUUACCGGUACAAUCAUUGAAAAUCCUUCGUUUUAUUCGGACAUCCGUUGCUUUGGCUGGUCUAGUUAUACUUCGGUAGUGGUGAUUAACGUGUGGUUGUGUCGUUUGACUGGUUACGUUUUAAGAAGACGCAAAAAAUAAUGUUUUGAUCAUGGAGGCUGAGAAGAGCAUCGUGGCCGUCCGGCAACAGGACGUUCUCAAGAGUCUCUGGAGAUAGAGAAGCUUAGCCUAUUGAUCUGGUAUAGUUCUAGGAGUAGUGUGUGGCAUACGAAAAGAAUACACGACACUUGGAAAGUGGCUAAAGGCAUGAGUUCGUUCAACUUUGAUUUGACUUUUGACUCCGACCUGUAGUUAUACCGCAACAGGCCGCGCGAUCUUCACCGAUCUGGUACACUUGAAAUGUUCCUUGUAUCUUUGCUUUACGAUCGUAUAUGUUUAAGAAUUGAUGUUUUUAAAAUAAAUUAUUGCCUGAAUAUUCUGUUUAUAAUCUAGUUUCUUUAUGUAUACUACUCGAUAACAUUUGUUUUGCGGAACACUGACCCGAUGCAACGCGAAUGAAUUUGUUCACUUGCUGAUAAGCAAUUGAAAUUUAUGCUCAAUUAAGGAUAAUCUUUAUACUCAUACGGUGUGUGUUUUUGUCACCGGUCCGGCGCUAUUUGUAGGUAUUUCUGGGUUUAUAUAAGGCGAACUGAGAGAACAGUAAUAAGAUGUUUGUUUACAAAUUUUGUUUGCCGGUGACUGUUUUGUUAGCGUGGGUACGACCUCGUAAAAAUACACGUUGGUAAAUGUUUGUUUCAAAGCAGGACAGGGCUGUAAAUCUUAUUCUUAUCGGCUGCAACAUAUAUCUGAGGAGUAGCAAAGAAUAAAAUUGAAUUAUGGGGAUAAAUAAAAUCAAACCAAAUGCCCGGAAAUACUCUCGCGUCGCGAACAAUUAAUUUGAAUUUUGUAAAUUUACUUGCGUGCAUCUAACUCGCUUCCGAUUGGUUGAAAAACAAUCAGCUACUGUCAGAACUCACACAUGCGCAUUAUCGUGAACCAGUCCCUUUAAGAAUAACUCAGAAGAAAGUGCUGCCUUUGUAAUGACAUCUGCAAAUGGUUAGACUUUCUAGUCUUCUCGGAUAAGCACGAAAAACCGUAGGUCCAGUCUCACAGCACUUUCACUGAUCUGUUCAUGUGGGACGUAAAAGAACCCACACCACUGUUCGAAAAGAGUAGGGGACGUAGACCCCGGUGGUGUGGCCAACCUUCAUGGGUUGUGGGAUUGGGUAGGGAUGGCACCUCGCAUGGGACCUAUGAGUCCCGUUCGUACCCAUUCCCCCUGGGCAGGUCUGUGUCCAGAAAAGCUGGUAAAAUAAAAAUAUAAGAAAUUCUACUACUCAAGGACUACUGGACGGAACUAUUUCGAUUGGCGCCGUAGUGAGAGGGCGCACUUUACACCAAUGUGACCCAUUUCAAGUCCAACACUUUCGACGCCAGUUCAACUAGGUUUUUGCCUGGUGCUCCGGUUCCCCCACCUCCAUCCCCACAUACACACUUGCGAAAAAUAACCAACUGAACCGGAAAACAUUAACACUUGCAUAGUAGUUUUCUAGAACGACCAAGUGUUCAGCCGGUUAAGUUACAUUUGCAUUUGUUUAUUGUUUUUGUUUAGUUUGUUCAGCAUUCAAUCACUGGCAACCCUUCGGGGCACGAAGAAGCGAAGUGGACGAAGAGCGUUUGCCAAACUACGUUCUGGCCGUUUACAGCUCUCGCGGCGUCUUGAUCGAUCCACUUCCCAUGCCAGAUUUCUGCUUGGCUGAUACGCUCCUCUUAUUGGCUACAACAAAGGGAAAGCGACAUGAGGUGAAUUUGAUAUUUUAAGGGACCCUACGAUCCGAUAACGACGACGUCCAUGAAAACGUCACUUAAAAAUAGAAUCGGCAUCCUUUCACUUCUUUUGCGAUUUUCCCAAGUCGCCCAAUUACUCAAAGAAAGGAAUUUCGGUCAGAAAUUAGAAAAGGGGCCGCGCCCGAGUUCACUGACGGAGAGAAAAAGAUUUAUCGCCUUACCGUCCCCGUUCUCAAGUAAACUUUUACAGAAAUUUACUUUCACGAAAAUUUACAGAAAAGCGUGAUGCACGUGCAGAGUUGUUGUUUUGCUAAUGAAACCUCAUUACUUGUUUGUGUUCCUGUUGUCGUCUCCUUCGUAGUUUCGUAAGCUCCCCAUCGACGUACUUAUAGCAUUGUUAUUAGACUACGUUGGAAAAUUGCUUGUUUUCGUGUACAAAUGGGAUAUCUGCAAUUCCCCACUCCAGAAACCGUAAGUAUAAGGGGAAUGGGUACAAGCGUUUGGUACAACGACUUCUGGUAACGUUUAGGUGUACAAGCUUUUACUUAUGAUUGGUUAAUGGUUGCCUUGAAUAUCAUCGACCAAUCAUCACUUUGUUUGCCCAAUUGUGAACAUUUUCUAAAUCUUGAUUUAGAUGCAACUGAAUUUUAAAUAUUGGGUCCGUUUUUGAGUGAAUAGCGUUGAUCGAUUAUAUUGUGCAUUGAUCUGACGAUUCUUUCAAAGACCUUGGCUUUCACCGAAAUUGACGAUAAUUGUUUAAGUCGUCCCGAUCGCCUUGUUUAAAAAGUCACCUUUUGAUCCGGAAAUAUGCCUUGACUUAUUGACUGAAAAAUAUCACGGAUAGGAAUGCAAUGAGAUCUGCACAUUCCUGAAUGAGCCUCUUGUCAAGGCCAGCUGCCUUUGACAUUCAAAAGUGAGAGAACUUUAUUUGUACUGGUCGGAUGGAGCAAACCGUUUAUCUGUGCCAGUGAGGUUUUUGAUAACCAUCACUAUUUGAGAAUUGAUUCUGGACCGAUAGUAGCUUAUUAAAUUGGUUCGAAAAUUGAUCAUUUACUUUCAGUGUCACUGAUUUUUUCCCAGAUUUUCGCGAAGUAAGUUCAUUGAUAGUCUGCCAGGUCUUUUUAGAAUCGCCCGUAUGCUUGUUAAAACUAUUUUGAUAAUAGGCUUGCUUGGCCUUUUCGCUAUUUACUUUAUUGCGUUGUUUUUUAAAAAGUGACCAGUCAUUUGAAUCAUUCGACAAUCUUUAGAAUUCCCGAUCAGAUUCGUUUUUAAAAUGUAAUCCAUGCUCCACGCAUUGUCCUCAUCUUAACAAUAGAUAGAAACGACCAUUGAUUUGAUUGGGAUCACCCAACAAUCCAUUCCGAAAAUUUAUUCGAUUAAAUUUUCGAAAGUUUCUGUAGGUUAUAGCUUGUGCCCACCAGACAUUCGCUUGUCCAUACAAGCGAUCCCAGAAAUCACUGCACCUAAAACUUGUUCCCAUUCUCACUAGGGUUUCUGAAGCGGGCAGUUGGACACCUAUGUUAUGUACCCGUCAAUCAUAGUUGCUCUUAAAUGGGUUUUUUCGUUAUCGUCAUUGCUGUCUUUCCACAAUUUAUCAUGAAAAGAUAUGUAGUUCUCUAGUGUUCAUCACAGCAACAAAUACGUUGGAGAAUUGAUGGACUUGAAAAAUCGUCGUCUACUGUCGGUUCAACCUUGUGCACGGACAUUUAGAGAAAAAAGCUCCAUCUUAAUGAGACCGAUAUCACAUCCUCGACUGAAAUGGGUAAAAAAAAAACAGUAACAGUUAUAGUGUCUUAACCAGACAUAUCUAACAAACUCUUAACUGCGAAAUAUAGUCACGCCAUGUCCAUGGCUGUGCAUGUGCGAACAAACUCCCAUAUGUAAUAUAUAUGUUGUAGUUAAUUUUUCAUGUCAGGUAAUUUUUGUUUUUCUUUUGUUUGGGGGUAUGAGAGUGUAUGCUAAUGAAGUUGAAACAAAGGAAAAUAUUACAAAUAACCUGAGAUAACAAAUUACCUACAACAUAUACAUGUAUUUCUUCAAACGCCUGAAAACAUAUCAUUUAAGAAUUGUUUUUUACCUGCUUUCGUCUUUGGUACGUAUGUUAUGCAGUAACACAGACUCUCAAUUUAUAGGGAAUUCCAGGAGUGACGUGUUAUUACAUGGCGCAGGGGAUUGCGGGAUUGAUAGUUGUAGCGGAAAACCGCCGGCCGGAUCACCACUUGCUUGUGGACUGUGACUGCUCUGAAAGUUUUAAUGUCGUCUCAUCCAGAGGAGUCUUAAUGACAACUGACUGUGUUCCUCCUCUUCAUAAGUAAGUUUAUUACACAUUGUACUAACUAUCUGUGAUCUCAUUGGCUAUGAGUCCACAGUACUUUUUAGAAGGCAGCUGGCAGAUGACUGAUUCAGUUGAAUCGCCAUUAAGCGGUCACCCUCGGGGUACCGGCAAGUGGCCGCUUUAUGGAGGUUGGCCGCUCCAUUGAGGUUCAUCAUAAACCUGGUCAUAAAUUAGCGUACAAUCUUCAGCGGAAGCAUCACUUGAUUGUAAAGCAAAUAAGCGAAGGAGGCAGCAUUUCUGGUCCACAAUCGGUCGUCACCUUCUUUCUCCGAGUAUUUUUCUUCGUCAUAUUCUUGAAAUAAAGCCAAAAGUAGUCUGUCAAGUGCUUGAUGGCCGCUUAAUAGAGGUGAUAACAAUGGGAGAACUCUUGUUAAGACGGCAAAAAAAGUGACCGCGGUCGCUUUAUAGAGGUGAGGUGGCCGUUUAAUAGGGGUAUAAUUUCCCAUUGUUUCUAUAAUUAUCUCGGGAUUUCUGGCCGCUUGAUUGAGGUUCAACUUUAUUAUUAUUUUCAACGGUCUUAAGCACAUUGUAAAACAACCCGCGUCAACUUCCGCUGGCAAGACCCCCCCCCCCGCCCCCGUCAGUAAUAGGCCCAUCUACCUGUAAACAAAAAUUCAUCCGGCUAUAACCCCACCACCCCCAUCCCCCCCCCGAUUAAAAGUCCCCUCUAGCUUCAGCUUGUAUUAUGAAUUCGAUUUUGAAGACGUUUGACGACGUUUUGAAGCUUAAAAAAGCGCAUAGAUUCAAAAAGGCUUAUCAGAUUAUUAGCACUGCUUAUCAGAUGUAGCUUAUUUUGAAACGCUUUUUUAGCGCGGUUAUAACCCCUCUCCUAUUUAUAAGCUUUCCUAAAACCCCUUACGAAAUAGUUUAAGGCCAGGGCUUAUAAGCAGAAGUUUACGGUAUAUAUGGUUAACAACAUUUUAUUGCUCUUCAGGCAGGUACUUGUACUUUUGACUCAGCUAGAAGGCACGGAAGGGUUCGCUGUUUCACACAAACUCAGUUUUCGUAUUCUGUCUGACAAUGGUUUUGGGGCAUACGGCGCUCAUCAUACUCCCCAACUGACAUCUGAACUGUUUGGACUACACAGUGCAAGACCUUUAUGACGAUAGCCUACGGUACAGUGACUAGUAAAAGCUAAGACCCCUUUCCAAUCUUAUUCCUAGGGCGUAUCCGGUCUUGUGAAUCGUGAUACCCGUCAUCUCUGAUCUCUGGGGUUUAAAAAAAGCCUUGUGACUUGUUUUUUCAGGGUGUGAACAGCUGUAAACAGUACGCUGGUUCAGCAUGAACGCUAGUUCGUGUAUGUGCCACUUUCAUCGGCUUUUUGUAUAAGCUGGCGAUAUAUUAGUUAAGACGUGAAGGUUUAAUUUUCUUUGGAACUGAAGAUAUUUUCCUGGGCAGAUGAGCUUAUUUAAUCUCGUUAGUAAUAAAUUGUCUUUCACUAUCACCCAGUAGUUAUGCGAAUAGACCGACUUACGACAGACAAGGUCGCCCGUUAGCCAUAAGAUGGCCUUACACCAUACAUCCUUCCUCGUCUAUCAGCUCAUCUGUCAAAGACUUUCUUGAGC